CAACUCCUCCGAUCAGCUGUCUUUCGUGUUGAAUUCAAUUCCUCUCUAUGCCGGGGAUGAAUGCACCAAUGAGGAGCCUGACCGGUAUGCCUGAUCGCAUGUUAUGUGCAGUGCUGGAGCAAUUUCAGCUUUACUUUUCCCGUUGAUCCACUCUCUCUAUAGCACAGCGAGCCCAAGCAUGCUGAAGAGGAAGCAGAGCUCGCGGGUCGAGGCCCAGCCCAUGACCGAUUUUGGGCCAGAUGAAACACUGACAGACAGUGCUGACAUUCUUUGGAUCAACAAACCAUGGGUGCAUUCUCUCCUGCGAGCCUGUGCCAUAAUUAGUGUAAUUUCGGUGUGUAUGAAUACACCUAAGACCUUUGAGCACUACCCGCCCCUGCAGUAUGUCACCUUCGCCCUGGACACGCUGCUGAUGUUCCUCUACACUGCAGAGAUGAUCGCCAAAAUGCAUAUCAGGGGCAUCAUCAAGGGAGAGAACUCCUAUGUUAAAGACCGCUGGUGCAUGUUUGAUGGCUUUAUGGUGGUCUUCCUCUGGGUCUCUCUUGUGCUUCAGGUGUUUGAAAUAGCAGAGAUUGUGGACCAAAUGUCACCCUGGGGAAUGUUACGUAUACCGAGGGCCCUCAUUAUGAUCCGAGCCUUUCGAAUCUACUUCCGAUUUGAACUGCCACGUACCCGCAUAACCAACAUUCUCAAACGGUCAGGGGAGCAGAUCUGGAGUGUGUCCAUAUUUUUGCUCUUCUUCCUGCUCCUAUAUGGAAUCCUGGGGGUUCAGAUGUUUGGAACCUUCAAUCAUCACUGCGUCACCAAUGAUACACAGAAAGGUAAUGUGACAUGGAACAGCCUAGCGAUCCCUGAUACACACUGCUCUCCGAAUGGGGAGGGUUAUCAGUGUCCGGCGGGGUUUAAGUGUGUGGAUUUGGAAGACUUGGGACUCAGUAGACAGGAACUCGGAUACAGUGGCUUCAAUGAGCUUGGCACCAGUAUAUUCACUGUAUAUGAGGCUGCGUCUCAGGAGGGAUGGGUCUUCAUCAUGUAUCGAGCCAUUGACAGCUUCCCACGCUGGCGCUCAUAUUUCUACUUCAUCACGCUCAUCUUCUUCCUCGCCUGGCUGGUCAAGAACGUGUUCAUCGCUGUGAUUAUUGAAACAUUUGCUGAGAUCAGAGUGCAGUUCCAGCAGAUGUGGGGGUCCCGGAGCAGCACCACGUCAACAGCUACUACACAGAUGUUUCACGAGGACGCGUCUGGAGGAUGGCAGCUCGUGGCAGUCGACGUGAAUAAACCACAUGGCCGGGCGCCUGCUUGCCUCCAGCAACUGAUGCGAUCUUCAGUCUUCCACAUGUUCAUCCUCAGUAUGGUGGCCGUUGAUGUGAUUGUAGCUGCUAGCAAUUACCACAAGGGUGAGGACCAUAAACUCACCAAUGAUGAGUUCUACCUGGCUGAGGUUGCCUUCACUGUGCUGUUUGAUUUGGAAGCUCUGCUGAAAAUCUGGUGUUUGGGCUUCACUGGCUACAUCAGUUCCUCUCUACACAAGUUUGAGUCUUUGCUUGUAGUGGGCACCACCCUGCACAUCUACCCUGAUCUCUACCACUCGCAGUUCACCUACUUCCAGGUUUUGCGAGUGGUCCGUCUAAUAAAGAUCUCUCCGGCACUGGAAGACUUUGUGUAUAAGAUUUUCGGUCCAGGGAAGAAACUCGGCAGUCUAGUGGUGUUCACUGCCAGUCUGCUCAUAGUGAUGUCUGCCAUCAGUCUGCAGAUGUUCUGCUUUGUGGAGGACUUGGAUCGUUUCACCACAUUUCCACGGGCAUUUAUGUCCAUGUUCCAGAUUCUUACGCAGGAGGGAUGGGUGGAUGUCAUGGACCAAACUCUGGUGGCAGUGGGACAGAUGUGGGCUCCAGUGGUGGCCAUAUACUUCAUUCUCUACCACCUGUUUGCCACACUGAUCCUUCUGAGUCUUUUUGUGGCUGUUAUUUUGGACAAUCUGGAGUUGGAUGAAGACUUGAAAAAGUUAAAACAGCUGAAACAGAGCGAAGCCAAUGCUGAUACAAAAGAGAAACUUCCUUUGCGAUUACGGAUCUUUGAGAAGUUCCCCAAUCGACCACAGAUGGUGAAAAUCUCCAAAUUGCCAUCAGACUUCACUGUGCCCAGAAUCAGGGAGAGCUUCAUGAAGCAGUUCAUCGACCGACAGCAGCAGGACCCCAGCUGUCUGUUCCGUCGCCUUCCCUCAGCGUCGUCCUCAUCCUGUGACCAUUCCAAGAGGUCUGCCAUUGAGGAUAAUAAAUACAUAGAUCAGAAGCUCCGAAAGUCAGUAUUUAGCAUCCGGGCCCGUAACCUCAUGGAAAAGGAAACCACUGUCAAUAAAAUUCUGCGAGCCUGCACUAGACAACGUAUGCUGAGUGGCUCUUUUGAGGGUCAGCCAACUAAAGAGAGAUCCAUACUCAGUGUCCAGCAUCACAUCCGCCAAGAACGCCGGUCCCUCAGACACGGCUCUACCAGCCAGAGAAUCAGCAGAGGGAAAUCCCUGGAAACACUCACUCAAGAUCACUCCAGCACGGUCCGCUACCGUAACGCCCAGCGGGAGGACAGUGAAAUCAAGAUGAUACAAGAGAAAAAGGAGCAGGCUGAGAUGAAACGAAAAGUCCAAGAGGAGGAACUCCGGGAAAACCAUCCGUACUUUGACAAGCCACUCUUCAUCGUUGGUAGAGAGCAUCGCUUCCGAAACUUUUGCCGAAUGAUUGUGCGGGCCCGUUUCAAUGCGUCAAAAACGGAUCCCAAUACAGGCGCAGUGAACAGCACAAAAUACCAUCAAUUAUAUGAUUUGCUGGGCUUGGUAACCUAUCUGGACUGGGUGAUGAUCGUGGUCACCAUCUGCUCUUGUAUUUCCAUGAUGUUUGAGUCCCCUUUUACUAGGGUCAUGCAUGUACCUACCCUGCAGAUCGGAGAAUACGUCUUUGUCAUCUUCAUGAGCAUUGAGCUGAACCUGAAGAUCAUGGCAGAUGGUCUGUUCUUCACUCCUACUGCAGUCAUUCGAGACUUCGGUGGUGUCAUGGACAUCUUCAUCUACUUAGUCAGUCUGAUCUUUCUAUGCUGGCUACCAAACAAUGUGCCUCCUGAGUCUGGUGCCCAGCUCCUCAUGAUGCUACGCUGCCUACGGCCAUUGCGUAUCUUUAAACUGGUGCCCCAAAUGAGGAAGGUGGUUCGAGAGGUCCUCAAGGGUUUCAAAGAGAUCUUCCUGGUCUCUAUUCUUCUUCUGACACUAAUGCUGGUGUUUGCAACCUUCGGGGUGCAACUCUUUGCUGGAAAACUUGCCAAAUGUAAUGAUCCCCAUAUCUCCAGUAAGGAGGACUGCCACGGCAUCUUUAGAAUCAACGUGAGCAUUUCAAAGAACCUGAAUUUAAAGCUCAGGCCAGGCGAGAAGAAACCAGGAUUCUGGGUGCCAAGAGUUUGGGCAAACCCUCGAAACUUCAAUUUCGAUAAUGUAGGCAACGCCAUGCUGGCUCUGUUUGAGGUGCUGUCACUGAAGGGUUGGGUGGAGGUGAGAGACGUCAUCAUACACAGAGUGGGACCGAUUCAUGGCAUCUACAUCCACGUCUUUGUGUUCUUGGGCUGUAUGAUCGGGCUCACUCUUUUUGUUGGUGUUGUCAUAGCCAACUUUAAUGAAAAUAAGGGUACUGCUCUUUUGACCGUGGAUCAGAGGAGAUGGGAAGAUUUGAAAAGUCGCCUGAAGAUUGCUCAGCCCCUCCACCUCCCCCCACGUCCAGAAAACGGUGGAUUCCGUGCAAAAAUGUAUGAUAUUACCCAACAUCCUUUUUUCAAGCGAGGUAUUGCAGUACUGGUGUUAGCACAGUCUGUCCUCCUGUCUGUUAAGUGGGAUGAAGUUGACCCAGUUACUUUUCCUUUGGCCACAAUGUCUGUGGUUUUCACUUUAAUUUUUGUUCUGGAGGUAAACAUGUUACAGUAUAUAUUUCAAAUUCUGUUUGCUGUGCUUUCAUGAGUCAGUCCAAGCAAG